AUGCCUUUUAAAGUACUUGUUUAUUGCGUCGUGUGUUUUGAAAGGUAAGAAAAAUUGGAGAAACCACAACUUUAUAAUAACAUAUAAGUAUUGACUUUCUUUGGCUUUUACCCAGAUCACAGGGUAAAAGAAAAUCGGCAAAAGGUAUGGGCUAUUGUUUUUAUUACAUUCUUUACCAAACAUUUUAAUUGGAUUACAAGUCAGUGAACUGUAGAUGUCCGUUUUUUCGUGUGUCCGAGCCUCGCCGGUAAUCGAUAAGUUUGAGUGCAGCGGCUAUCAAACAUCUUAUUGUGUUUAUUAAGUGAGAUCAAAGAAACGGAAGCUCUGAAGAGAUAUAUAUAACACGAAUUUCCACAUGAUCAAGUUUUGAUGGUAUAAAAUUAAUCCGCGUGUGUUCAGAUGGAUGAAUUACCAUUUCAAUUCUACAAAAAUGUUACGGCAAGAAUAUAUGUCACUUAAACUUUUGGACGAAAUCUUCAGAUGUUGCCAUUCAAAUUAAACCACUCCGGCAGACCAGUUGCAUUGAUUUAUUUGCCUUGUCGUUUUUAUCUUAAACAGAUUUUCUUUAUUUCUUUCUUUAUUUAUUGUCCCUAUUACGCGUGAGAGGGAAAAGGGCGAUUCAUAAAAAAUCCGGGAAUCAUUGCAUUUAAGCGAGUUCCCUGAUCGAAGCUUCACAGUUUCUUUCCACAACGACUAUAUGUGCGGCGUUUGUGCGCCUAGAAAGGGUAUGGCCUUCACUCCCUCAUUGUUUCUCGCCGAUCUGGGACUUUUUUCGCCUGUGUGCGGCGCGUUCGGUUCCAGGCCUGCUCUACUCACUCGCACUGCGCGAGUUAACCUUUUCCUGGGGUGAAUUUGAUAAAACGAUUGUGUGUUUUCACAUGACGUCAUGGCGGCCAUAUUUGUGUCCCAAAACAAUGAAAUGGCGGCCAUGUUGGCCACCAGUCUUGUGGGAGUUGAACUCUUUUCUUAUGUAAACACUUUCUUUUGUUCCAAUACAUUUGCAUAGACGCUGGCCACGUGAGUGAAAACACUCUAUCACAAGUGUAAUUUACAAGUGUAACCAUUGUUUUUAGACACUAAAUCAAUGGGAACACUUGCUACUAAUAGCGCUUUGCACUAUUACUAAAAAUAGGUUUUGUCACGUUAAACCCCCCGCGUGACUUUGCAUUCUGCUCAAACGCUUUGUAUGAGCAACAUCCGUUUCCGAAAUGGAAAUUAUUCAUAAAAUUCGUAAUGAGCGUUUUUAUAUUUUUGUUAGCUUUAUUCUAAUAUAUAAAAGGCAUUUAUUUACUGCUAUACGGAGUAAAACCUGGUCCAAGUAACUCAAAUAAACGGUUAAAAUCAGAAAAUAGAGCGACCUGAUCCAAGCAGGCUACUGAAAUCGGAUGCCAAACUCUGUCUUAGUCAAAUAGCACUCUCCAAAAAUGUUAUGUCAUGUUUUGGUGCAUAGAGACUCUAUGCACGAAAACAUGACAUAACAUUUUUGGUUGUGUAAUACUCCACAACCGAAAUUGCUAAAAAGGAAAUCGGGCUUGUAUGUGCUUCUCGCUAGCCUGUGGCAGACUGAAUUUUUAAGCUGAAAAGCACACCAACUGAACAUCACAAACCGGAAAUUGUAUAACUUUGUUCUGUUGUUGUGCGGCCAGGUAUGUAGGUACCAUACAGUACUUUAUAUCCUGUAGUACUAAGUAGCUUAAUGUAAGCACUCGAGAAAGAAAAAAGAGUAACCUUUUCCUAUAAAUUUAACCAAAUGCUCCGUUUUAUGAACAGCUUUGAAGCCCUGCUCUCCAUACAUUUGUUAGUAAAAAGCCGCAACAUAAUUAUACUCACAGUAAUAACACCGCAUAAGAAAUACAAUUUUUAUUUCUUAUGAUUUUAAAUCAUUCAUCUAUACAGUUUUUUUCCAUGUUUAUUUUUGUCUUGGCACACGUUGAUUAUUUUCAGGAUAUAUGUCAUCGAAACCAGGCUGGAAUUUGUUUCUAUUGACAAUAAAAAUCUUCAAAGACGAAAUAAAUAAUUUGUUUUAUUUUUUCCCAGAUGUCUUGUGUGUGGACAAUACUGUUGGCGUUCAUUGCCUUUCUGUUCUUUUCCAUCUCCGCACCGGUUCAUGGAGAUUGUGCAAGCUGUUGCCACGGCAAAUGGAGUCAAUGUUUCAGUAGCUGUGAGGAUAUGGUGCUAUGUUCUGAGUGUACUGAAGAGAAAGAGACUUGUAUUGGUAAUUGUCCAGGAAGCUGUUCUCUAA